CGUGAGCUGGGCGGGACCGGAAGGGGUCUCAGCCGGGGGAGCUGGGGGUCCGGGCUCGACGUUAGUCCCUGGGGGAUGUGGAGAGCUGUCAGCAUGUCGGCGGAGAUGGGGGUCGGCUUCGCCCUGAGGGCGGUGAACGAGCGCGUGCAGCAGGCGGUGACGCGGCGGCCGCGGGAACUCCCAGCCAUCCAGCCCCGGCUAGUAGCAGUCAGCAAAACCAAACCUGCAGACAUGGUGAUCGAGGCCUACAGUCACGGGCAGCGCACUUUUGGGGAGAACUAUGUUCAGGAACUGCUUGAAAAAGCAUCAAAUCCUAAAAUUCUGUCUUCGUGUCCUGAGAUCAAAUGGCAUUUCAUUGGCCAUCUACAGAAACAAAAUGUCAACAAAUUGAUGGCUGUCCCCAAUCUCUUCAUGCUGGAAACAGUGGAUUCUGUGAAGCUGGCAGACAAAGUGAACAGUGCGUGGCAGAAAAAAGGUUCUCCCGAAAGGUUAAAGGUUAUGGUCCAGAUUAACACCAGCGGAGAGGAGAGCAAACAUGGCCUGCCGCCUGCAGAGAUGGUGGCCAUGGUGGAACACAUAAACGCCAAGUGCCCCAGCCUGGAGUUCGUGGGGCUGAUGACCAUCGGGAGCUUGGGGCACGAUCUUAGUCAAGGACCAAACCCAGACUUCCAGGUGUUACUGGCCCUCCGGGAGGAGCUGUGCGGGAAGCUGAGCAUUCCUGCCGACCAGGUGGAGCUGAGCAUGGGCAUGUCCGUGGACUUCCAGCACGCGAUUGAAGUGGGAUCUACGAAUGUCCGAAUAGGAAGCACCAUUUUUGGAGAGCGAGAUUACUCCAAGAAAGCUGCCCCGGACAAGCCUGCAGCAGAGCUGAAGGCCCCGGCGGCGGAGGUGGCCCGGGCACAUUGAGCAGCGGCCCAGCCCAAGGGCCGGGUCCAGGAAGACUAACUAUGCACUACUCUGGGCUUUCGCUUCCACGUGCCCCACGUCACAACACGACCACACCCUCCUCGGGACCUGGAGAGAGCACGCCGAUGAUUACGUGCGUUGAUGGAAACCAUCUGACUUAGUGUCUGACACAGGAAGCUCACUUCAGGCAGUGACUUUGGAUUGGAUUUGAGUAAUCCAGACUUUUCUGCAGAACAGGUACCUGGGCACUAGCUGGGAGUUGAGUUCAGGCUUGAACAUUGCCCAGGAGCACCAACCAACCCAUGAAUGCCUUUCCCAGGUUAAAACUUGGUGACUAAUGCCUAUAAUCACCAAAGUCACAGGGAUUCCCACUUGUCAUCCACUUGAGUAGAAAGUUCCCUGUUACCAACUUCAUACAAACCCCACUGACUAGUCAUCUCUGCUGCUCUGGAGCAGCGUGGGUUCUGCCCCCAGUCUCCACCCACCCAGUAAACAUUGGUCUCCACUCUGCAAUGGCAGUACAGGUAACUUCGGGACCUGCCUUGAGUUAGUCCUCCAGAUCCACAUUGUGGCUGAUGAGAGCUGUGUCCUCGGCCACCGUGUGGUGCUGACCCUGAAAAUUACAGGGCAACUAACGUAAGCGGUCCCUGGCCCUUUCUAACAUCCUCCUCCAGAGACAGGACUUUGAGCUUUUGCCCUGGGCCCUACGGUGAUGAUCAUCAAAUGAUACGAUCUUUCCGCCACCAUAGUCCCCGUUAUGAUUAUUUCUUAUCUCAUAGCUCCCCAGAUAUGAAAGAUUCCCUCAAAGCCAGUUCAGGCUCACGGUUUCAACAAAGCCUGGCUUUGAGGUUCCUGUUCCUGGGAGCACUUUUUAGGCAUAUUUAUAGCCUCCCCUCCCAACCAUGUUUAUAAGGCAGAAUUUUGCAAGUCUUGACGUCAAUAGAGUAGCUAGCUCUUCAAAACCCAGAAAGCACAAUUCUCGGAUAGUCACAACAGACAACUGUAGUCUGGGUCGUUGUUUGUUUUCUAGGUGGGUUUUUCUUACUUAUUCAAGCCCCAGUCUUU